ACAGUUACAAGCAGGAUGCUUUUCCCCACCUCUGCACAAGAAUCUCCCCGUGGCCUCCCAGAUGCAAAUGACUUGUGCCUUGGCCUGCAGUCCCUCAGUCUGACGGGCUGGGACCGACCAUGGAGCACCCAGGACUCAGAUUCCUCAGCCCAGAGCAGCACACACUCAGUACUGAGCAUGCUCCAUAACCCACUGGGAAAUGUCCUAGGAAAACCACCAUUGAGCUUCCUGCCUUUGGAUCCCAUUGGGUCUGACUUGGUGGACAAGUUUCCAGCACCCUCACUUAGAGGAUCCCGCCUGGACAACCGGCCCAUCCUGGACUCACGCUCUAGCAGCCCCUCUGACUCAGACACCAGUGGCUUCAGCUCUGGAUCAGAUCAUCUCUCAGAUUUGAUUUCAAGCCUUCGCAUUUCCCCUCCUCUGCCCUUCCUGUCUCUGACAGGGGGCGGUCCCAGAGAUCCUUUAAAGAUGGGGGUUGGGUCCCGAAUGGACCAAGAGCAAGCUGCUCUUGCUGCAGUCACUCCCUCCCCAACCAGUGCUUCAAAGAGAUGGCCAGGAGCUUCUGUGUGGCCAUCCUGGGACCUCCUUGAAGCUCCCAAAGACCCCUUCAGCAUUGAGAGAGAGGCCAGGCUGCACCGGCAAGCUGCAGCUGUGAAUGAAGCCACCUGUACCUGGAGUGGCCAGCUUCCUCCUCGGAACUACAAGAACCCCAUCUACUCUUGCAAGGUGUUCCUAGGAGGUGUUCCUUGGGAUAUUACGGAAGCUGGAUUGGUUAACACCUUCCAUGUCUUUGGCUCUUUGAGUGUAGAGUGGCCUGGUAAGGAUGGCAAGCACCCCCGGUGUCCUCCCAAAGGUAAUAUGCCUAAAGGAUAUGUGUAUCUGGUCUUCGAACUAGAGAAGUCUGUCCGGGCCUUGCUUCAAGCUUGCUCUCAUGAUCCUCUGAGCCCAGACGGUCUGAGUGAAUACUAUUUCAAGAUGUCCAGCCGAAGGAUGCGCUGCAAGGAAGUGCAGGUGAUCCCCUGGGUCUUGGCCGACAGUAACUUUGUCCGGAGCCCAUCUCAGAGGCUUGACCCCAGCAGGACGGUAUUUGUCGGUGCUCUGCAUGGGAUGCUCAAUGCCGAGGCCCUGGCAGCCAUCUUGAAUGACCUAUUUGGCGGAGUGGUGUAUGCUGGGAUUGACACAGAUAAGCACAAAUAUCCUAUUGGAUCAGGUCGCGUGACUUUCAACAACCAACGUAGUUACCUGAAAGCAGUCAGCGCUGCUUUUGUGGAGAUCAAAACCACAAAGUUCACCAAGAAGGUUCAGAUUGACCCCUACCUAGAAGAUUCUCUGUGUCAUAUCUGCAGUUCUCAGCCUGGUCCUUUCUUCUGUCGAGAUCAGGUCUGCUUCAAGUACUUCUGCCGCAGCUGCUGGCAUUGGAGGCACAGCAUGGAGGGCUUGCGCCACCAUAGCCCCCUGAUGCGGAACCAGAAGAACCGAGAUUCCAGCUAGAGGAGCUGGCCUAGCCCAGUGUCCUGUGGCGCCCAAGGCUGGCAGGUCAGGCAGCAGCCUGCACCACCCUGCCACUGGCGACCAGGGAGCUGGCUUCCCAAGAACAAGGGAAAAUCGUAGUCACCUUUGCACUUGCUGAAUCUUUGUUUCUGCACUAAUUAAUGCACAAUGAGU